AUGGCCCGACAGUCUCUUUACGCUAUGGAAUUAGCCGCAAGAAGUGAGGACUGUGAAUGGGAAUGGUGUGUGCAGUCACACUUCAAAGGAUGUGCAUACACUGAUAGUGACCCACAUCUACACAAACAACAGAAUCAACAACAACAGCCGGAACCGUUGCUACUGAGUAUGAAAGAGCAGCGGUGUCGAGAUGCAUUGUUGCGUGAGAUUGAGCGACUCACACGCCUAAAAACAGCUGUGCGGCACGAGAUGCACGAAAUGCGUCUGCAAGGCAUCACACGUGAAAAAUGCCUUGAGGCAACAAUUAGAAGCAUUGCGAAUAGAGUCUGUUAG